AUGAAAGACAAAGAUCCUAGUUUUGAUGGUCAUAGUAACAAACGAGAUGGAGAUGGUGUUAAAGAAGCAGAAUUUUCGCCAAUUAGAGGAUUGGUAGUUGAAGUGGUAAAGAAAGAUGAUGGUGGAGGUUUCAGUACACCUCAAAUGGAUAAGAUGGGGAAUACAGAUAACCUAACCUGUUCACAAUUCUUGGAGAAUCCUGAAGUGUUGGCAACAGCAAUUAAAAUAACGGAUAAGGCUGUGUUGGAAAGUUAUAAAAAGGAGAAAAAUAGAGGGAAGAAAGUCAUGGAAACAGUUGAGGUAUGUGAAGAAGAUGAUGACCAUAGAAAAAGGGGGAAAAGAGAUCAAAAGAUACCUGUAUACGGAAAAUCACAUUUUGUUGAAAGGAUAGUUAGAAUGAGUGAUAAGGUGAAGAAGGAUGAAAUGUCAUUAUACAACUCGGUUUUUGCAUCGAAAAGAGACUAUGGGGAGGAGAUAUGGAACAUUGGUAGCGGGCAUGUAUUGCAUCAAGGAUUCGCAUAUCAUUUUAAAAGCAACACGUUUAUUCAUGCGAUAAUCAUUGAUUGUUGGUCAUCCUUACUCAACAGAAUGGAGGAACUCAGGGAUGUAGGAUCAUUUUCUAGAGUAUUCUUUGACACAAAUUUUUUGGCAGAAGAGAUACUGGGUGUAUCAUUGUCACCUGAAAGAACUCAAGAAUUAUUUGAUUCGAUAUUGAAACUCCACCUUAAAAGUCUAGCAAAACAGAAAAAGUUGAAGGAUAUUGGACUGGAUUUCUUCCCAAUAGUUGAUAGAAGAAAAUACUAUCUGAUAUGCUUUGAUCUAAGAGUUCCAACAUACUUCAUUAUAGACCAUGUGACCCGAAAUGGUUCUGUUGAGGAAAUCUAUGGAAUAAAACACAUUCAUGUGAAAAAGUUGCUUGGGAACUAUUUGAAAACAAAAUAUUACCAAAAGUCAACAGCUUUCCACAAGAUUAAAGCGAGUGUAAUGAAAAUGACAUGGAAAGUAGAGAAAGAAGGAUCAGACUGUGGAGUAUAUCUUAUGAGGCAUAUGGAGUCAUAUAUGGGGGAAAAUGAAGGGCGUUGGGAUUGCGGUUUUACAAGAAAAAAGCAGACUGAUUUACUUGCAUUAAAUAAUCUACGAAUCAAGUACAUGGCAAGGCUUAUGAAAUCAGAGUACAAAAAACAUAAAAGUAUGUUGGAGAAAGAUGCAGAAGCAUAUGAGAGGCUUGAUCCAUUGCAUAUAUUGGCUAUAAUGAAUGAAGUGAAGGAAAUAAGGGAGAAGCAGAAACAUGGGAGGCGUCGAUUUUAAGAUGGGAGUUUUAUGAUGUUAGGAUGGUUGGUUUUCAAAGACGUUUGGUAGUAUGUUUGGCUUAAGUCUAUGUUUUCUUAUUUUGGUCUAGUAUUGUGUGUUUUCGGGUAACAAUUUAUCAUGGUAGGAUUCUUAUAUGGUGUAAGACUUUUGGUACCAUUGUUUGUUUUGGUCUAACUUAUUUGCAAUGGAAAGUAUUAUGUUCUAGAAUUGUUUGUUUUUUAGAAACAGAUUAUUGUGAAUGGUGUUUGUUGUAGUAGAAUUUAUUUUUU